AUGGCAUCAAAUAAUAUAAAACCAAUAUCACCAGAUUCAAAACUUUUACUUUAUACUCCAAUUGAAUUAAAAGAUUCAACAGAUGCAUAUCUUGAAUCAUGUUUUGCUGCAAUUCAACAAAAUCGUUAUACAAUGGAUUCAAAUAUACUUUUACAAAUUGGACAAACAAAUAAAAAACAUAAAGAACAUAUAUCACAUGCACUUCUAUAUGGUAUAUUAACUGAUAUAAAUAAUAAAGCAAAAUAUUUUCAUGAUCUUUUACUUCUUAAUGGUACAAAUCUUUCAUCUAUAAUUUCAAUACUUGAAACAUUAAUUAUUAAAAAUUGGCGUCGUAUACAUGAUAAUGUACGUCAACAAUUAUUAUGGUUUUUACGUGAAACAUUAACAGCUAAUAUUGAUGGUAUUGAUCGUCUUUAUUAUGUUUUUUUACGACAAAUCAAUCCACAUGAACAAUGUUUAGAUUUAUGUGAAACAAUACUUGAAUUAUUAUUAGCACAUCCAUUAUUUUUAAAAACUUAUCCUGAAAUGAUGUUAUUAACAAUAUAUACAUUUUUAUCAAUAUUUCCAAUAUAUAUACGUCGACGUUCCCAACAACAACGACAAAUUGAUUUUAUAUUACAAUUAACACGUGAAAAUAUUCAUUGUAUUGGACGUGAUGCUAUACGUUUAUUAAUACAAAUAGGACAUAUACGUGAAAUUGAUUUAUUUUUAAAACAUUUAUCAUUAAAUACAUCAAAUGAUUAUUUACCUAAAAUUUUAUCAUUACAAACUGAACCAAAAUAUUUAGCAUUACCAUUAUCAUUUGAUUUAGAAAAACAUUUACAAUUUCUUCUUGAUAAUUGUCGUUUAAAUAGUCAAGAAAAAUAUUAUUUUGAUUGGUUUCAAAGUCAAUAUUUAAAUUUUAAACAAUAUCCAGAUACAAUUUAUUUAUGUUCACAUAUUAUACGUUAUGUAUGUGUUGUUUGUCGUAAUCAAUUAAAUCCAAAUAGAAUAACACGUUGGAUAUUUAUAUCAUGGUUAUUAACACAAUUAUAUAAUUAUCAACAAACAUUACAACAAACAUUAAUAACAGCAAGUCAAACAGCAAUGAAUGCUGCUGCAUUUCUAUCAUCAUCAUCACCACAAUUAAUGCAAAUAAAUGAACAAAUAGUACAAUGUCGUUUAGCUAUUUAUUAUGAUUGGUUUUUAUUUGAUAUUAAUAAUUUACAACAAUUAACAAAUGAAUUUGAUGUACAAUUAAAUUCAACUGUUGUUGGUUAUCAUUUAUUAACAAUGUCAUAUUAUAAUGCUAAACAAAUGUUAUUAUUUCUUUUAUAUACAUCAGAAAAUUUUAUAUUAUCAUUAAAAACAUUUAUACAACAAAAUAUUGCACGUUUAUUUAUUGAAUUAUUUCAACGUAUACCAAUAUUAAAUUCACAACAAUUAUUACAAAUGUUUACACAUGAUAGAGAUAUUUAUCAACGUUUACUUACAACUUUUUUUUCAUUACCAUCAUCAACAACAAUGAGUGUACCAAUAAAUGAUGAAGUAAUAGUAAUUAAUGAUGAUAAUAAUCCAAAUGCUGUUAUGCCAGUAACAAUGGAUGAAGAAUCUAAUGAGAUAAUGAUCAUGUCAGCAAAUACAACAGCUUCACCACGUUUUUCUGAUGAUGAAGAAGACGAUGAUGAAUAUGAAAAUAAUAGAAUUUCAUUAAAACUGUCAGAUCAUGAUUAUGAUGAUGAAGAUAUUUUAAUGAUUAAUGAAGAAACAAAAACAUCUCUUGAUACAUAUAAUACAAAUAUAAUUCGUACAAAUUUUCCAUUUGAUCGAUUUCGUUCAUAUAUAAAUGAUCGUGUACAACAAAUGUCAUUAUCUUAUUCUGAAUCAAUAAAUCGUAAUAAAUCUUCAUUACUGAUACAAAUAUAUAAACAAAUAGCUUUAUCAUUAAGUGAUAAACGUCCACUUAUAUUAAAAACUCAAGCAAAUGAACCAGCUGGACCAAUAAAUUCCUAUGCAAUGAUUAAAUUUGAAAAAACAAGUGAUAAAUUUCAAUCACGUUUAUUAACAAUAUUAGAUGAACAAACUAUUGUUAAUGGUCUUUUAUGUUUAUGGUUAUUACGAGAUUCAUUUCAAAAUCGUUUAUUACCUUCAUUAAGAAUAUCUCAAUCAAAUAAACAAAAUUCAAUGUUAGAAAAUAAUUUUCGUGAUAUACCACUACAAAAAUUAAAACGUUCAAUAAAACAAUCAUCUCUAUAUGUUUUAUUUCGUUUAAUUAAAGAUGAUAUAUCAAAUCAAAUUGUUUAUAUUAAACUUUUACAAGCUAUGUAUUUUUUUCAACCAGAAUUAUCUUAUAUAUUUCUUUAUUAUUUAUCAAUUGAUAUUGAUGAUAUGAAAAUAGCUAUAGAAUUGUUUGAAAAAUUUGCACAUGAUAUUAUUAAAUCAAGUAGUAAUCAUAGAAAACCAUCUAUUCCACCAGCUAAAAUGCCAACAUAUGAUCAAGAUUUUAUUGAUUUUAUACAUGAAAUUUUAACUUAUUGUGAACAAGAUGAUACAGAAACAUUUCUUUAUUUAUUUUCAUAUAUCUAUCGUCUUUAUUCAAAAAAAUUUUUUAAUAAUAUUAAAUUAAUACGUCUUCUAUUACAUACAAUAAAUCAUAAUGAAUUAGAACAAUUUAUGUGUGAUAUACUUAAACAUCAAUUACAAUUAUUUAAUUCACAUAAACUUUAUUCAAUUGUUGAUCAAACAUUAUUAUUUUCACAAAAUGAACAAGAAGAUUUUUGGAAAUUAUUAGGUGCACAUGAUUUUGUACAAAAUGAUUAUGAACAAUUAUUUACAAAUAUUAUUGAACAUUUACUUAAUCAUACAAAAUCUGUUAUUGGUGAACAACGUUUAGCUAAAUCAAUUAAUUAUACAACAUAUCGUAAUACAAUAGCAUUAACUAAUGUUUAUGAUAUAUUAAAAACAAAAAUUCCAACAUAUGGUAUUGUUUGUUGUUUAUUUGCACAUGAAUUAACAAAAAAUUUUUCGGAAAAACUUUGUCUUUUAUGGCAUGAACAACAUCAUGAUACAUUUUGGCGACAUCUUGAACGUAUAUUACAAAAAUGGAUACAACGUGAAAAUGAUCAAACAAAACAAAAAAUUGAUUAUAAAAUAGGUACAAUUAAAAUGGCAAAUGAAAAUGGUUUAAAAUAUAUUUUACAACAUUUAGAAAUUUUAUUAGAAAAUAAAAAUAUUGAUAUAAAUGAAAAUAAAAUUGAUCAAGAUGAUUUACAUGAUCGUUUAACUAUUGAUGAAAGUUUAUUAAAUAUUCCAUUAUCAAAAACAACUAUUAAAUUAUUAAUUGAUUGUAUUCAUAAACAUGAACGAAUUUAUUUAGAAAAUAAAAAUUUUGUUGAUCGAUUUGAAAAUGGAAAUUCAGUAUUACCACCACCUUUACCAACAACAACAGCAACGACAACAACAUCUACAACAUCGGUUAAACGACGAAAAUUAGACAAUAAAUCCUAG